UCGUUUUCCCUGAAAUUGUGAGAGGCAGGUCUCGGACACUACCGCUUCGUUCCAGCAUUCCUUGUUUUCGUGCAUCUCACAUUCCCCAAGAGUGUGCGCUACUUUGUAAAAACCCCCCUCCCCUUCCGAGUGUCAAGGCACAACCCCCCACUUGCUUCAAAACGGUUGACGGUUUUCGGCCAAGCUACACACACAACCCAACAAAACAACAAACCCAAAGCAACCAUGUCGCUGAGCCACCUCAUCAUCGGCAUCAACAACUACCCGGGCGACGCCGAACUCAAGUUUGCAAAGCAGGACGCGCAGGACGUUGACGCACUGCUCAACGCGAUCGGCAGCACGGGCUCGCUGCUGCUGGACGCCACACGCGACGACAUUACCGGCGCAAUAGACGUGUUCAUCCAAGCGCUCUCGUCAACAGGAAACCAGGGCAUUUUCGCCUUCUUUGGCCACAGCGUCCAGCAACUAGGCGAAAACUACCUGCUGCCUGCAGGCGCUUCCUCCUUCCCCGAGGAUGCAGACGAUCUUGCCAAUGUUUCCAUUCCACUCGACUCGGUCGUCGGCAUGAUGGGCGGCGCGGGCAACCCGUUCAACCUGGUCAUUCUCUCGGCCGCUGCCGAGAAUGGCGUCAGCCUCGUCAGCCAGUGGGCCACUCCGCCCGCGAAAGGCCUUGCGAAGGUGACUCCCGCCCUUUCCAUGCUUGUUGCCCAGGCAUCCGCACCAAACACAUACUACAAGGAGACCAGCAACGACAGCCGGAAUUCGCUCUACGUGUCCUCGCUCUUGCGGUUUUUGGUGACGCCUGGUCGCACGCUCGCCUCCCUCUGCGGCGGCAUCUCGGGCGAGGUCUUCCGUGCUUCCAACAUGUCGCAGAUUCCACGCCACGAGCACGUCCUCGGCGACACCCAGCUCAUCGUGCCCGCUGGCUCGGAGCCGAUCGAUGUCUCCCAAAUUCUGGCCGCUGCCGAUGCCGCUCGCUCACGGGUCGAGGAGGAUCGCGCCGAAGCCGCUGCCGCCUUUGGCUCCCCUGCCAAAUCUUCCACGCCCGUCAGCAAUGGCGGCGAUGCAUCCCCGGCACCCGCACCCGCCUCCCCCGCAGGCGCAUCAUCGCCUGCUCCCGCCUCACCGGCCGCUGCCUUGCACGCACUCAGCCUCGACGACCAUCCGCCGGUCGGCCGUCGUGACAGCGCAAGCCGCCCCGGCAAAAUCCAAAUCCCCGGCAGCUUCCUCGGCUCCUCUGGCGCAAGCUCGCCAGUCGGCGGCUCCCCGGUUCCCCGACCUGCGUCUGGCGGCGCUGUUGCCGCUGCCCUCUCACAGUUUAGCGGCAGCUCAUCUCCCGUCACCAACUUCAAGGCUACACCCGCUGUCACCCCACCGGGACCAAGACCCGUCCGCAUUGGCCGUCGUUAACAACAUUUUUUUUCAGUUUGUUGUUGUCUUCUUCUGGGAACUGGUCGCACUUUCCUCACCGCCAGCAGCGGUUGUUGGUUUGUGUGCUUCGGGUUGUGAUUGCAAACGGGGUUCUCUGUUCUGUUUGCGCCUUUUGUUUGAUUUUUGGUGUUUUGCCAUGUGUACAAUGCCUGAUUCCUUUUUUUUUAUUUUGUCGCAUUUUUGACUGUGUGCUGUUUGUGUGUGCGUCUGUGUGUUUUUUGGUGUGCUUGUAUGUCUUGUGCUUUUAUCCUCACAAUGAAAGGCC